GCUAGCUAGAGCAGCGGGAGAGCGAGGCUAGCCGGAGUCGGGUUGAGGAGCGGGGUGCUGGAGUCUAGUUUUUCGUCUUCGCCGCAGCCAUCCUUCGCGCCUGGAGCACUGUGGUUCCUCCGCCCUGCACUGCGGGCUGGGGUCUCGAGCUGGAAACCCAGGGAAAGAACGAAGGAGGAGGCAAAAGCGGAGUGAGGGACAGAGGGGGUCCCGGCGCGGGGCGAGGCGCGCGCUACCUCUCGCUCUAUCUCUUCAGCCGCCGCCUCCUUGCUUGGUACCGCGGCCCCUGAGCGCGCGGGACCCACUGGGGGCCCGCACUAUGCAGGCGGACUGGCGGCCGCCGCGAUGGCGAGCCGGACGGUGGUGAGAUCAGGGCGCAGCCCCCCCAGUCCCCAAGUCCGGGCCGUGGCCGCCGCCUCCGUCCGGGCCGCGCUCCCUGAUUCUCACUCCUGCCUCCUCCCACCCCGCUCCAACUGCCCCUCCUUCCCUAUGCCUCUGCACCUUCUGCUCUUACUUAUCCUUCUCUUGCUGCUUAAGAACGCUGGAGCCCAGCAAGGUGAUGGAUGUGGACACACUGUACUAGGCCCUGAAAGUGGAACUCUUACGUCCAUAAACUACCCACAGACCUAUCCCAACAGCACCGUUUGUGAAUGGGAGAUUCGUGUAAAGAUGGGAGAGAGAGUGCACAUCAAAUUUGGUGACUUUGACAUUGAAGAUUCUGAUUCUUGUCAUCUUAAUUAUUUGAGAAUUUAUAAUGGAAUUGGAGUUAGCAGGACUGAAAUAGGCAAAUACUGUGGUCUGGGGUUGCAGAUGAACCAUUCAAUUGAAUCAAAAAGCAAUGAAAUUACAGUGCUGUUCAUGAGUGGAAUCCAUGUUUCUGGACGAGGAUUUUUGGCUUCUUAUUCAGUUAUAGAUAAACAAGAUUUAAUUACUUGUUUAGACACUGCAUCCAGUUUUUUGGAACCUGAGUUCAGUAAGUACUGUCCAGCUGGUUGUCUGCUUCCUUUUGCUGAGAUAUCUGGAACGAUCCCUCAUGGAUAUAGAGAUUCCUCACCGUUGUGCAUGGCUGGCGUGCAUGCAGGCGUAGUGUCAAACACUUUGGGCGGCCAAAUCAGUGUUGUGAUUAGUAAAGGCAUCCCGUACUAUGAAAGUUCUUUGGCGAACAAUGUCACAUCUGUGGUGGGACACUUAUCUACAAGUCUUUUUACAUUUAAGACAAGUGGUUGUUACGGGACACUGGGGAUGGAAUCUGGCGUGAUUGCCGAUCCUCAGAUAACAGCCUCAUCUGUGCUGGAGUGGACCGACCACAUGGGCCAAGAGAACAGCUGGAAACCCGAGAAGGCCAGGCUGAAGAAACCAGGGCCUCCUUGGGCUGCUUUUGCCACUGAUGAGUAUCAGUGGUUACAGAUAGAUCUGAAUAAGGAAAAGAAGAUAACAGGCAUUGUGACCACUGGCUCCACCAUGGUGGAGCAUAAUUACUAUGUGUCGGCCUACAGAAUUCUAUACAGUGAUGAUGGGCAGAGGUGGACUGUGUACAGAGAGCCUGGUGUGGAGCAGGAUAAGAUAUUUCAAGGAAACAAAGAUUAUCACCAGGAUGUGCGCAAUAACUUUUUGCCACCAAUUACUGCACGUUUUAUUAGAGUGAAUCCUACCCAAUGGCAGCAGAAAAUCGCCAUGAAAGUGGAACUGCUUGGAUGUCAGUUUAUUCCUAAAGGUCGUCCUCCAAAACUUACCCAACCUCCACCUCCUCGGAGCAGCAAUGACCUCAAAAACACUACAGUCCCUCCAAAAAUAGCCAAAGGUCAUGCCCCAAAGUUUACUCAACCACUACAACCUCGCAGUAGCAAUGAACUUCCUGUGCAGACAGUACAGACAACCGCCACUCCUGAUAUCAGAAACACGACCGUAACUCCAAAUGUAACCAAAGAUGUAGCCUUGGCUGCAGUCCUUGUCCCUGUGCUCGUCAUGGUGCUCACCACUCUCAUUCUCAUAUUAGUGUGUGCUUGGCAUUGGAGAAACAGAAAGAAAAAAACUGAAGGCACCUAUGAUUUACCUUACUGGGACCGGGCAGGUUGGUGGAAAGGAAUGAAGCAGUUUCUCCCUGCCAAAUCAGUGGAACACGAGGAAACGCCAGUUCGCUACAGCAGUAGUGAGGUUAAUCACUUGAGUCCGAGAGAGGUCACCACAAUGCUGCAGACUGACUGUGCAGAGUAUGCACAGCCGCUUGUGGGAGGAAUUGUUGGCACACUUCAUCAGAGGUCUACCUUUAAACCAGAAGAAGGAAAAGAAACAGGCUAUGCCGACCUCGAUCCUUACAACUCCCCAAUGCAAGAAGUGUAUCAUGCCUACGCUGAACCACUCCCAAUUACUGGGCCAGAGUACGCAACCCCAAUUGUCAUGGAUAUAUCGGGGCACACCACAGCUUCGGUUGGUCUGCCCUCAACAUCCACUUUCAAAGCUACAGGGAACCAACCUCCUCCUCUAGCGGGAACAUACAGCACUCUUCUCGCCAGGACUGAUAGCUGCUCCUCAGCCCGGGCCCAGUAUGAUACCCCAAAAGGGGGGAAGCCAGGUCCCAGUGCCGCAGACGACUUGGUGUACCAGGUGCCACAGAGCACACAGGAGGCAUCGGGAACAGGGAGGGAUGGUGACAGUGGUGUUUCUAAAGAAAUCCUUUGAAGGUGAUGCUGCUCUUUACAAAGCAUCGUUUUAAAGCACAUGGCCUUUUUGUCCUAUUAGUGGUAGUAAUAUAUAGAAUGUACUACAUGUCUGUCAUGAAUGUCAUUGGGGGGAAAUGGGGUGACUGAGGUACAGAAACUACUAAUCUUGUCAUCUUGCUUUAAAAGUGUUACUGUGGCACACUUACUGCUUGCCUGUUUUGAACAUCCUGUUUGUUACUACUGUAAAACACUAUUUUUAACACAGAAAAAGCUCCCUGCUAUGCACUUCAAAGAAAUUAAAAGUCACUGAGUCAAUAUUUAUUACCAAUGCUGCAGGUACUUGUGAUAAAUUCAAGAAGUGGCUUUGUGAGCCUGACUGGCAAUAAUGCAUGGUACUGUUCUUGAAAUGCCUAAUGGCUUGAAAUUCUGUUCUUUGUGAAAGAUGGGUACUGCCAUGAUUUCCUCCUCUCCUAUCCCUGUAUUGCUUUCUGGGUUUUUAAAAAAAUAAUGACGAGUGAUAAAAUCAUUGUUUUGAUUGCAGUCAUAUGUACUUGUCCAUUUUUCUUAGGAGAGCUCUAGGUGAGGAACUCUGACUUGUGCUGAGCAGGGUGACUGAUUUUCACUUUUUGAGACUCUUAAGUGCUUUGACAUUCACGGUACAUGACCUGGCCCAUCCCUGCUCAUUCCGCCUGGGACCCGUAGUGGCCAGCCCCAUUCUUGUGUUUAUAAAAUGUUUGGGUUUUUUCAGGGGGUGAUUACUGCUUUAUCAAACCUCACAAAUUCACAUGUUUAAGUUUACUUCUCUAUGUGGAAACAAGAACUUGACAAUUUAAAAAUGCUGUAAAAGAGAUGCUGUUCCUCCCCUCCAACUUGAUUUGCAGUGGGAUUUUUCCUGAGAGAGUUGUGAAAAGUUGAGGGUGUCCAAGUAGACACUGUAAACAUGACCCACUUAAUAUUUAUCACAGUGAAAGGCAGAAUCAUUCUUCAGAAGUCGUAUAAAUUACCUUUAAAAAAAAGUAACCGGAAUUUGCUCUUUCAUUUUAUGUAUAGGUAGAUUUUUUUUUCUUUAAAUCAUGAAGUAUUCCUUAUUUUAAUCAAAUAAAAAAAACUUUAAUUUCAGUUUUCCGUAAACUGUUAUAAGAUCUGUAAACCCAGCGUGUACUCUUCAGCUCUGUGUGAUUGUGCCUGCUGUGUGGUAAGAGGUGUGAGUAGUUCUCUGUACUGUGUCAUACCUAGGGAAGAGGUGUUCCAGCAUCCCAACACGGGACCUUUCACAUGUAGUUCUUGAUACCUCUGGGCAACUUGUUAGCGCCACUUGCCCAGAACUAGUUUUAGGUUUGUGAAAUAGAAAUCAUCUGCAGUUUACCAGCCUGUAAUGUAAAAACCAUGUUUAAAUGCCUUUAGACUGGCAACAUGACAUAAGCUAACUAUGGGAUUAAAAUUUGACAUCCCUUCUGUAAACCUUAAUUUGUAGACUUAAUGGAAAUGUACUUUUCCAUCAGGUCCAAGUCAUCUUUGUUGACUUGGGCCACCAGAUUAUGUAGUUGCCAGAGACCAAUGGUGAACAGUCUUCAUUUGUUUCCUGAGUAUAUCAGUAAUCUAAAUCAUUGCUGCAAAACAACUGUUUAUUCCUGCAGCCUCCUUGCCCUCUACUGCACAUGGUUGGUUUUAUUUUCAUUUGCUUUUGCUUCUCCAAAUACACUAUGAGGCAUAAUUUUAUUCAUAGAAAAACCAACACAUACUUUGUUUCAAAACAUUUGAAACCAAAAGCACAGGUAUUGAACUUUUAUUAGAACAUACGAAUGUGUGAAGCACAUGUAUUAAUGCAGUCAUCCCCUUUCAGGUGGGAAGAGAGUAAACCAGUUGCUUUAUUUUUUUAAUUCAUCCUUAGUACAGAGAGAAUAUACUUUUCCUCAAAUCAUAUACCUGAAGCUUUAAGAGAAAUGUUUUCAGUGACUAUUUCAUUUUCCUGAAGAUGCUCGCUAUUUUUGUGUAAUUGUGUGCACCUACUUUUCCCAUGGAACUUUUUUUUUUUUUAAGAAGCCAGUGUUUUCUUAACGCGUGUUUGAAGACUUGAUUCAUGUUGCCACUGCGCUGGCCUUGAACUGCCAAUGAUUUUUACAAUUACUGAGUUUUUACUACUUUUACAUAUUUGACUUUCCAAAUGAAGAGCUGAGCCUGAUACAAAGGGUUGUUCUGGUUUUGUACUUUUAGUUUGUUUUCAUAGUUGAGUUUUGGGGUUUGGUGUGUAUGUGUGUGUGUUUUUUUUUAACUACAUUUAUAUAUAUUAUAUAUAUAUAUAUAUACAGCUUUUGGAGACAAUCGAGUAACAACUGAAAAUGUGAAAUCAACCAUUCUUUACAAAAUUUCCUUGAAUUUUUAUUCUUUGCUUGAAACAUGUAAAAGACUUAAGUCACUGUGGUUUAUUGAGUUAAAUGUUUUUUUCCUGUUAAUACAGCUAUAAAAAUAGAACCAGACAAUAGUACAACGAGUGUGGCCAUUACAUGUUUCAUAAAAUUACAGACUUCACUGUUCCUUGAUCUGAGGAACCAGCACAGUUGAAGAUAAGGUAUUGUGGAUGCUGAUUAUAUUUUAUUGAAAGCUGUAAAUCCAAAUAGACCCUUUUGUAUGCAGGGUCUAGUCCAGUUAUUUAAGUUCAUGUCUCACUGUUUGCACUUUGCAUUGAGCAAUGGGUUUAGUUCACUGAUGAAAUGGUUCUGGUAGAAAAAUUAUAUAGUAACUGAAAACACGUUGUGUGUGUACUUGCCCUUGCCCCCACAGGGGGAGGGGCAGAAAAUGAGCUCAUCUAAUAUUUACGUGGCUAAAAUUCCAUGGGAAGUGAUAAAGCUUGAACUUACUGCCUUGGCUCCAUGUCGUCAUCUGGAGAACAAAUGGGCUAUAGCAGCACCAUGUCAGAUGACACAAUUAGAAAGAAUUAAUAGAUUAUGCUUUUCAGACUUUAAGAGAGAUCAGUGAAAAUCAGUGAAGCUCUACCUGAAAGUUACCUAUUAGCUCUGCCUUUCAGUUCUGAACUGGAAGUCCAUAAACUGCAAAAUCUAAGAGUUGGAUGGUUAUUAAAAUACUUUUUAGGUCAUAUGUGGCCCCAGUUCUCAUUUAAUCCAACUUAUGACUAGUUUCUUCUCUCUCUUUUUUUGUUCCAUUUGUUUGGCACUAGGAAUGGUGGAAACAAAACAUAUUGAAAUACAUAUUGGAAAUAAAAAUGGCUUGAGUAUCAGU